CAGCGAGGCUAUUCUGGGGGGCACGUGGGCGGCCGCGGGCUAUUCUGGGUCUUGGGAAGAGAGCCGCCAGCACGGAGGCAAGGAGGAGCGGGUCGCCAGGAGCGCUUCUUCCAGCUGAUGGGUAUAGGAAGUCAGUGGUGGGUGCAGCCAGCAGAAGACAACACAUUAUUCCUCAGAAGGUGGAGGAUGACCCAUCAGGGAGCUGUUCUGCAAGGCUAUAAUAAUGAACUUGUGAAACACAUAGAAGAUUUGUGCAUACAAAGAGAGGAGCUGAACAAGCAGAUUAGACAAUCAGAAGAGGAGAAGAAACAGAUCCAAGAUGAAAUUGAGAUACUGACAAAACGGUUGGAAUGUGUGCAUGAAAGCUUAGCUUGGAAAAAUGCUGCACAGAAAGAACUUGAUAAAAUUCUUGCUGAAAGUGAACUGGCUUAUGCAAAGAUCUUAGAAAGUUCUAGAAUGCUGCUGAAUGCUUUGAAAACAGAAAUAGGGAAUUUGGAUAAAACAAUUGUGCUAAAAAGUAGUCAUACUGGGGACAUAUAAAUGCUUGGGCUUUAACACCACUACACUGGACCUGGUGAAAAGUUACACAAGAGAUGUUCCCUUUUGAUUUCAUGUAAGUGGCUUUAUGUACAUAUAUCCUGUAUGAUUUGAAGGCAUGUCUGUAUUUUCAUCUGUGAAAUGUCAUGGGUUAUAGAAUCCUGAAAGUAGAUGGUUACAGAUUUUUAAAAUGUUAAAAUUAUGUUCUGCUCACUCUUCUGCAGGAACAUUUUGAAAGAGCAUUGUCUCUCUGGCAAACCCUUGUGGACCUGAACAAUACAGGUGGAUUAAUGUUUCACUGAUGAAUAAUAAAACUCCAGUGACUGGAUCAAAAGCAGCAAGUUCAAAUAAGCUUUCUUGGAAGAGUACUGUCAUUGUUUGGAGCUUGUUUUGAAAAGGAUAGAACUAUAUCAAGACAAUCAUGCUGUUUGGGUUUUUUUACAGCUCAAUACUUUGUCCUAUUUGAGAGACAAAUAUAAUGGAUAUAUUUAUUUGCAGACAAAAAUAAAGGAGGCAAUUAAAAGUUCGCAUACUGUGAUACCUUGGGCACUCAGCAGUUCCAGCCUAAUCUAAUGCAUUAAAGGAAAAUUCUGCUUGUAGCAGCUUGGAAACUGCCUGCUUCAGCUUGAGCAUCAACCCGAACUGAGCUUCAGAAAUCCAAGAAUUCCUGUCUCACGUUGAUUAGAACGGGAACUCAAAAGUGUACAUAACUUGGUCAAAUAUUUUGUAUGCAUAUGAAUUAUGCCUGUCAAAUGUCUGGUAAAUAAGUGUAGAGA